AAUAAAAAUAGGAAUUGACAACGAAGAAAGCUUCCGCCAUYGUUCUACGCCACGGCUUCGAAGUCUAGGCUUGAUGGAGUUUUUUUUUCCCGUCGUCUCUCGGAAAAAUGCGUUCUUGCCGCUCCUCUCACAACAAAUUUCGACAGAAUACUCGCUUUCGUUUCCAGAAGAAAUUGAUUACCCCAAAGCCAAAAAACACGAUCGUCCCWCAUAGAAUACAUUAUCAUGGUUAACGAACUCAACUAUUCCACCUACUGCGAAGUGCACGAUUGUUGGGAACGCGUUCGCCGAGUAGAGGGCUACAAAGAGCGGGUGGGAAUCCAGGUUUUUAUCAAGUAAGAUUUGGCGUAGAUCCCUGUUGCGUUUGUGUUGCUGCCCCGUCCGAAAUCGAGGCACAAAACCAGCAACGCAUGCUUCCGCAGCGCUGUGCGGYGCACAACACGACUCACCCCCGCCUCCCUUUUUCUCUCCCACACACGCGCACCAGGUUUUUCACGCUGUGCCCGGACGCCAUGGCCGUCUUUGGGUACGAGGGAAACGGGAUCAGCGAGUGCGUCCAGAGCCCCUCCUUYCUCCCGCACGCCACGCGGUUCGUGUCCAUGUUCGACAAGGCCAUCGACAUGCUGGGCCCCGACAUCGACAUGCUGACGGACAUCAUGCUCGACCUGGGUCGGAAACACGCGGGACUCGGCGUCAAGAAGGAGUUCUACCCCCCCAUGGGCGUCGCCCUGAUCGAUGCCCUCAAGGACGUCGAUCCAAAGUUCACGAGGGAGACCGAGCUGUGCUGGAAAAUAGUCUACGCCGCCCUGACGCUCGACAUGAGCCGGGCGGAGUAGAAAAUAGACGAACGCGAAACACAACGCACGGGGCARCGGAAGACGAGGAUUGCGGCGGCGGCGACGACGUCACAAAAAUCWYAACGGCAGGAGGACGAGCAGAACCAACAACAGAACGGGGACUGCCCAAACGGAAACAACCCAGGUCGCGAAACCAACAAGACUCCAAAGGGGGRAAAAAUCAUUGAAARCAACCAAACAUCGGUCUCGUCGGGAUGCUUUGAUCCCGCCGCCACGGUUGGUCGGUUCUUUCCAUUCGACUGCAACUACAGCAAUGACGAUCGCGUUGUUUUGUUUUUUGGCAUUCGAGUUUUUGGUGCGGAUCCAUUUGUUYGCAAUAGUAAAUCAUGUACUGUAUUAAAGAAAACMAAACCCA